UAUGGUAAUAUGGAUUUUCAUUGGAUUUUGCCUUUUGCCAGUAGUGUAAAUAUAUAAAUGACAUAAAUGUCAUUCAACUUCAAAUUUUGUUCGAAUCAACAGAUAUGUGCAUACUUUGACUGAGAAUUAGUGUGAUCGUAUUAAAAGGGUUUUUAUUAGAAUAACUUAGAAAUCUCAAUCAAGAUGUUUUCGAAGUGUUGUUUCCUGUUCAUCGUUUUGUUAGUUCAUAUUAUUACGGCAGGAGAAGUUGGGGACCAAUGUAUUCCUAGUGAUGAUGUGGAGGAUGGAGUGUGCACUCUCAUCACAAAUUGUAAAGUGGCCUUAAGACAAAUAAAAGACAAGAACUAUCAUUCAUUUGCAAGAUGUGGUUUCGAAGGAAUUACAGAAGUUAUGUGUUGUCCGAGCACAAAUGUGAAAUUUGAUGUUACAGGUGAAACUACAGAAUCAACCCGUACAGUUGACGAUAAUAAUGGUAACACGCGUCCAGGCAAAAGAACAGCGGAUGUAGAAUGCCAGAAGAUCAUCGCGUCUAGUAAACCGCCGUUGGACCUGCACAUUAUCGGCGGCGAGCAGGCUUCACUCGGGGAAUUCCCGCAUAUGGUGGCCUUAGGGUUCGAAGGUCAAUUCGGCUACCGAUUCGACUGCGGAGGCUCGCUCAUCUCCAACCGCUUUGUACUCACAGCCGCACACUGCGUGGACACGCCCGACAGGGUAGAGCCGUCCGUGGUGCGCAUGGGAGUCACGGCGCUGGGAGACGCGCAGUUCAACUCGGAAACCGACGUGCGCGUCGAGACGAUAUACAAGCAUCCUAACUACACGCGCAGCCUCAAGUAUGACGAUCUGGCGCUUUUGAAGCUAGCGAAAGCGGUGCAGUUCGAUACCACGCUCAACGCGGCGUGCCUCUACACCAAAGACACAGAUCCUACCACCGCGCUCACCAUCACGGGUUGGGGCACCACCAGCACUACAAAGGACGCUCGCAGUAACACGCUGCUAAAAGCGAACGUGACCAUAGUCUCGCGGUCUAAAUGCAGCGAGUCCUACACCUCCACCAAAUGGCGCAAGUUGCCCAACGGCAUCUCGGACUCGCAGGUCUGCGCCGGCGACCCCGACGGCCUGCGCGACACCUGUCAGGGAGACUCGGGCGGGCCGCUGCAGAGCCUGUCGGAGGCGGACGGGCAGACGCGGCUGGUGGGCGUCACGUCGUUCGGGCGCGGCUGCGGCUCGGCCGUGCCCGGCGUCUACACGCGCCUCAGCCACUACCUCGACUGGAUCGAGAGCGUCGCGUGGCCGAGAUAAUAACCACCCCCACACCACGGAUUUACAUAGAACCCGGAUGGCCCUUUUUUGCUAGUCAAAAUUGACACAAUCCCGAGCGAGACAGAGAAUCAAACCGGAGGACGGUGUCACAUUCGCACUAGUUACAGUAUUGUCAUUAAUAGGGAAUGUUGACUGUAUAAUUUAAGAUAAAUUACUUCACACCAUGCGUGAAAUAAAGUACCAGAAUAUUAAUUGCAGACUGCAGCUAUUUUUUCACACACAAUUUCUAUUUUAUAAAUCAUAUAGAACUAUAAAGAGUAAUUAACGACCGCGACGUGCUAGUAUUUCAUAUAAAUUAUAUAGUGGCAAAUCGAACUGACAUUGACAGUUCGAAAAAAGAUUCUGAUUUGACUAGUAGUCAAAUACCCUAUUGACAUAUUGACUUAUUGUAAUAAACUAAUGACCUCAUUCCUUCCUUAAUCAAAAUGAGACGCGAUCCUUAUAUAGUUGGACUUCUCUGUCAGUCACACUUUUGACGAAGUACUCGGUCCGGAUUCUAUACAAGUCCUUCCCCAAUAGUUGUUUAGUUUCCGUUUGUUACAGUCUAAGGGUCUAUUGCUCCAAACCAUCUGUCACCAUUAAGAGGAAAUACCAGCUGAACCCCUUCUCAGGUUUGAGAAUUUUAGGUAAAUAUCUCCGUCGCGCUGAUGGGGGCGGCUCCUAAUUAGUGCGAUAAGGACAACUGCAGCUUAGACGAAAAAUACUGCGUAAAAAUCUCAGAAAUCGAGGUUUCGUUCUCAACAUUUUUCUCUUACAAAACAUAACCAAUCGUAAAGAAAUUUUGGGAACGGACGGAAUAAGAAAGAAAAUUUCUGUGUCUGACCUUGACUUUUGCGUUUGUUGUUGCCGAUUUUGUAUGCUAGCCUAGUUCUUAUAAAACCCAGAACAUGAAAAAAAGCAAAUCGUACAAGACACAGGUAGGUACUGGUAAUAUUGAACUCGUAUAAAAAAAAUCAUCUAGGGCCAAAAUCCAGAGAGGAAAAUGUCGAGAACGUUUGUACGGAAAAAUUACUGUUUCCUCUUAAAACGUUUGGGAAAUUUGUUGUAUGUUAAGCUUCAUAGUUCACUGCUAAGUGACGUUGAUAUAUCCGCUAAUUGUGACCGCGGCCGGCAAAACGUCCCACUUUGUCGCUUGCCAUAAGGACGACACUUGCUCAUAUCUUUAUACGAAUAACCUGUCAAUGCGUUCUUACGGCAAACGACAAAGUGGGACAUUUUGCCGGCCGUUGUCACAAUUGUGGUUGAUGAGCUUGAGAGACUCGCCAGGCUGGAUUAAGGGUCGAAUGCAAUAGUCGGUCGUGGAUACGCCGGGGUAGUCGGGCUCCUCUCACCUUAACCAAGUAACCACUGGCAGCUUGGGCCUUUCCCAAUUAUAUAAUUGUAUCACUAGACUUAAAUCGACCGGGAUAUGAACCGUGAUUACCUUACCUAUUAUUCAAAACUGUUAUAUACAGGGAUCGGAACCGGUUUUUUGCAAAAACAUCGAAAUAACCAUAUAUUUCGGUUUAUUUUAUACUCUAAAUGUAGGACUCAGUUGUGUUUUCAGAUAACGACUUCGUAUUAUUAGAUUGCCUAAUUAGAAAUGAAGUAAUUAACAAAGAACGAAAAAAUACCGUUUUCGUUCCCAUACAAAAAAUACCGGUUUCCGAUUCCUGGUUAUAUAAAUGUAAUACUUUAAUUGUGUUAUAUAUUUAUAUUAUAAAAAUGCAAAAAAUGCAGUUUUUCUUUCAUUUUUCGUCAUCCACUUAUGCUGACUUUAUACUAAAGCGGUUUUCACAGUGUGCGAGCGCAAUAUCGCUAUAUACGUAAAUAGCGCUGUUUCGCUCCCACACCGUGGCGUGCGGAUCCACACGUGUGAUACCCACGUAAUGGUGUUGUAACUGCGUAUUAGGUACUUUAAGGAGGGUGGAGUAGUAGGGCCACCCACGUGCCGUUCCAGGCCACGCUGCCCGCCUUUCUAGAAAAAGAAUAGAAUAAAAAAAUAUUUGGGUUAAAAACAUACAUAAGAACAACAGACUGAAUAAUGACACGUACACCAAAUAGGAUGCCGCUCAGCAUUAGCCGUGUCUGUUAGACACGGCACUGGUUUUGAGGGCACCCAAAAGCUAAAACAUAAACAACAGAAUAGCAAUAGAACAAGACAGAACAUGUGUGACUAGAUUGUGUUAAUAGUUUCUAUAGAUAAAAUGUAUCUUCUGAGCUCGACUCUGCUUUUUCCUUGAAACUACUAUCAGAAGCUACUCCUCCACACCUCUUACAGUACCCACUAGCUAACUAUACAGCUGCUAAAAGGCAGGAAUUGAAAUAAUGAAUUAACUAGGCAUCUAAUAGCCUUUUGACAGACAGUGGGACCAUAAAUUGCCCACCACAUUUACUAAGGGUUUAAAUUAUGGUUCAUUGGGGUUAGUUCGAUGACGAGGUAAUUUAGAAAAUUACUUAUAUCUUACCAGAAGCCUUUCUUACUUUAUUAACACUUAAUAAGGCUUCUUGCCGUCUGUCCUUAUAGCAGAAAAUGCUUAUAGUUCAGUAGAUAUUUAUUUUCAAAAUUACCCCGGCUUCGAAGUUAACCCAAUACAUAAUACAUCUUAUAGGUGUGUUAUGAAACCCUUGUGCCCAUUAAGGGGUUUUAAGUGAGAUGGACAAUGUUUACUGUUGUUAUAAUGUACGUUGUUUAUUUAUGGUAUGCAAGAAUUUAAUUCCACGACCUUUCAAUAUAACCUUGAUCAUAAGUUUUAAAUGUAAUUUAAUAAGAUUAAGAUCUGACCGAAAUGACAUGCCCCAAUCUAUAGCUUGUCAAACAACUUUGUCAGUAGAAAAAGGCGCGAAAUUCAAAUUUUCUAUAGGAUGCCCUUCGCACCUACAUUUUUUAAAUUUGCUGCUUUUUUCUACUGACGGAAAUGGCUUGACAGACUAUACUAGCCUUAUAAAUAUAAAUGUAGGAUAGCGGUGCCGUCAUAUAACGAUUGAAUGACGUCACUAUAACGUUGUCAGAAUAUGUAAACAAAAUGACGCGGUUUCCUAGAAGGCGGUGAUUGAAGGAACAUUAUUUUUGCGCCCGUAAUAUUACGAUAUGACCGCUAUAUGACGGCACCGCUAUCCUAGGAAACCAGAGCAUAAGCCUUAUGUGAUUUAAAUACCUAGUUGUUUUAGUAGCCUUUAAAUGUUUUGCUAAGGUUUGCCAUAAUCUGCAUUGUAUUGGGCCAAUUACAGAUACACUUCCCGAUGUCGGGCCUGAUAAUCGUUUUCCGUUUCACGGAGUAUCAACACAUCCUUAACAAUAUGUGAAAUGUAAAAAAAAAACAAAAAUUGUCUCUAAUUGCGGCGAAUGUUCAAUGUUUGAUAUUUAGUUUGCAUAUGAACCACUUUUUUACAUUUCAAAUAUUGUUAACGAUGUGCUGAUAUUUGGUGAAACGGAAAAAUACUCUUGCUGGAGCCCGACGGCGGCCUGAUAAAGUGUGGAUGUAAUUGGCACUUAUAGAAUAAGACUUAGUUAUGACCAGUUGUAAUGAUCAAUAUCCUGAAAAAGGCAACAUUCGUAGCUAAAUUGGGAUAUAUCAGGGUCUGAACGUGUAAAGGUUGGAUUUAAUUAAAAAUAUUUAAAUUUUUA